CCUUAAACCCCACACUGUAAUACAGGCUUUUCCCAAAUGCCUUCCAUUUUACCACCUUUCUCUUAAUCCCAGUUUGGUUUUUUCUUCUUUUUAUCAAAGUGUCUUCUGCAAAUGUAAGACCUAUCUCCCUCAGCCCUUUAGAGUUCAUGGUGGGUUUGGAUUUCACCCAAAAAUGGAGACAGGGCUGCUCUGGUAGACAAUGGAGUGUAUUCAAACAGUAAAGGGGUUUUGCCAACCUCAGUUCCACUGCCAGGAACAAGGACUGAUUUCAGGCUCAAGGAGGAAUACUGUGUAUUUCCCUUUUCUUUUCUUCCUCAAUUUUGGGGGUAAAAUAAAUACAAAUGCUGAGGGAAGGUGCUCAUGUUCCUCUUGAAAACUGACCUCAAGCAAAAAUGAGCGCUGGAGGAAGAUACAGUAAAGUAAGAAUCUUCAAGCUGUGAAAACUGGAGUUGUGUGGCCAAGCAACAUCCGAGUGUGCUCAAGAUGGCAGAAGUUUUUACCAAGGAAGAAUAUAGAAGCUAAAAGAUGCUGCAGCAGCUUGCUUUUGCCUGAACUUACUAGGAAAGGCAAAAUUCUAGCCCUUCCUCUCCUCAGCGCUGAGCUAACUGAGUGAAACUACGUUUGCAUUUUGAAUUCAGUUUGCAGCAACUGAAGUUAGAGGAGGACAAAGGAAGAAAGUGGAGAAGGAGAGAGAAGCCGGGACAUUUUAAAGGAUGGGUUGUAUUAAAUCUAAAGAACGUGGCUUUCAUGGAAAGACUUCAAGAACUAAUUCCAGCUCCAGCCUCCAGGGUCAUUAUGUCAAAGAUCCCACGUCUAAGAACUUUCCUGCUUACCGAGGAUCCUGCGUGGGGACCACACAGGGAAGUGAUGGAUCAGAAGACUUCAUUGUCCUGGCCCUUUAUGACUAUGAUGCCAUCCAUAAGGAAGACCUCAGCUUUCAGAAGGGGGAACAUCUCAAAGUCCUAGAGGAGUCAGGCGAGUGGUGGAGAGCCAAGUCACUAUCUACAGGCAAUGAAGGCUACAUUCCCAGCAACUACGUCGCCAGGGUCAACUCGCUGGAGACAGAGGAUUGGUUUUUCAGAGGCGUCAGCCGGAAGGAUGCAGAGCGGCAGCUGCUGGCUCCUGGAAAUGUUAUCGGCUCCUUCAUGAUCCGAGAUAGCGAGACUACUAAAGGGAGUUACUCUUUGUCGGUGAGAGAUUUUGACAACAGCAACAACAUGGACAUAGUGAAACAUUACAAGAUCCGGACACUGGACAGCGGGGGUUUCUACAUCUCUCCUCGGAAUACCUUCAACAGCCUCCACGAAUUAGUUGCCCAUUAUAAAGGACAAAGCGAUGGUCUAUGCCAAGCACUGACCAACUCGUGUGUUGUGCCAAAGCCUGAGAAACCCUGGGAGAAGGAUGCCUGGGAAAUCCCCCGUGACUCCCUGAAGCUCGAGAAGAAACUAGGAGCUGGACAGUUUGGUGAAGUCUGGAUGGCCACCUACAACAGGCACACAAAAGUGGCCGUGAAGACCAUGAAGCCGGGCAGCAUGUCCGUAGAAGCCUUCCUGGAAGAGGCCAACAUCAUGAAGACCCUGCAGCACGACAAACUGGUCAAGCUGAAUGCUGUUGUGACCAAGGAAGAGCCCAUUUACAUCAUUACAGAAUUCAUGGAGAAAGGCAGUUUGCUGGAUUUCCUGAAAAGUGAUGAAGGACGUUGUCUGCUGCUUCCAAAACUGAUAGACUUCUCUGCCCAGAUUGCCGAAGGCAUGGCUUUCAUUGAACAGAGAAACUACAUCCAUCGGGACUUGAGAGCUGCCAACAUCCUAGUAUCAGGAAUACUAGUGUGCAAAAUUGCUGAUUUUGGCCUGGCCAGAGUGAUUGAGGACAAUGAAUACACAGCCAGGGAAGGUGCCAAGUUUCCCAUCAAAUGGACUGCACCGGAAGCCAUCAACUACGGCUCCUUCACCAUCAAAUCAGACAUCUGGUCCUUUGGGAUUCUCCUGAUGGAGAUAAUUACUUAUGGACGGACCCCUUAUCCAGGGAUGUCAAACCAGGAGGUGAUGCGUGCCCUUGAGCGUGGCUACCGGAUGCCGUGUCCAGAGGGUUGCCCUAGGGAACUCUACGAAAUCAUGAUGCGGUGUUGGAAGAACAAGCCGGAGGAUCGCCCAACAUUUGAGUACAAUCAGAGUAUCCUGGAGGAUUUCUUCACUGCCACAGAAAGUCAGUAUCAGCAACAGCCUUAGAAAACAGAUAAAUGAAAAAGCAAUGGAAUGAAAAGGUCCACACAGAGAACAAUGCUGCGAACAGUAAACGUGGACAUCAAGAAUCCCCUGGUGGCCUAAGUAGACAUCUUAUUUUUGUCAGCUUUCAAAGGGACCUCAAUGGCUACUGUUAGGAACAGUACUGGACUGAAACUUGACCUAACAAAAGCCAUUCUUGUGUUCUUAACUAAAAUAUCCUAAUGAAACCACAGCCACAGCCAACCAAUGCCAUUGCAGAGGAGGCAUGGUACGCACCUUUAGUUUCCAGUUGGAAAACCAUCAGCUGUUCUAGGGCAGAGCUUGGAAAAGACAAAAAUUCAAAAGGCUCUCCAUCUUUGGAGGUCUUAAAACAGAGGUUGAAUGGGCAUCUUUCAGGAGUGCUUUAACUGUGCCUUCUUGCAUCUCAGAAUGGGGUUGGACUAGACUUGCAUCGCAGAAUGGGGUGGACUUUGUGGUCCCUUCCAACUCGACUUUUCUGUGGACUACACCUCCCAGAAUUCCUCAGCCAACACAGCCAUGGGAGUUGCAGUCCAAAUAAAGUUUUCAGCCUCUGUUCUAGAAUGCUUGGUUGUGUGCAGAGAAAGAGAAAAUUUGUCCUGUCAUUAACUCAUUGCUUUAAAUACCGUCAUUGGUAUCAUGCUAAUUUGGUUUGCCAGCUGUCCCUUAAUGUAAGAAACGGUUCCUAAUUUAGGUGGCAAAGGGGUCUGAAAACCAAGCCUAAUGAGAAACAGCUGAGGCAAUUGAAUAUGUUUAGUCUAGAGAAGAAGAGAUGGAGUGAUGAUCUCUGACAGAGCCAUCUGCAAAUAUCUCAGGUGCUGCCAUCACAGAGAAGAUGGAGUGAGUUUGUUCCCUGCUGCUCCAUCCCACUGAAUUCAAAUUAUAAGAAAGAGACUCUGAUUGAACAUUAGGAAGAAGUUCUUGACAGUAAGAGCUCUUUGAAAGAAGAGUGAACUACCUUGGGAGGUGCUGGGUUCUCUUUCAUUGUUGGUUUUUAAACUCGGUUUAGAUAGCCACCUAUCCUUGGGGCUUUAGCUAUGGAUUUAAGAUAUCAGGAGUUGACUAGGUGACCCUGUGAGACUCUUGCAACUGUUCAGUUUUAUUAUUUUAAUACAAUGGUCCUUCCACAUUCACUGGGGUUGGGGUGAAGGGCCCCUGUGAAUAUGGAAAAACCACAAAUAAAAAAGCGCUAUACUUUUUAACCUGAGA